UCCAAUGUGUCAUGCGCGUAAAAUACUUUAUGCUGCGUAAUGUUUUACAGUGGAUACAGUGGAGGUCAUUUGACUGGACGAUGAUGAUCAUCGAUCCGGCAUUGAAAGAACACCGUCACGCGCUCAGGAAUGGAGUUUGUAUCGAGCGCGGGUUACCUAUCGGAUUAUAACGUCACAUUACCGCGAGAGCGAUUCGUAAACUGUGCUUUAAAUCCCUCUCGCGCUACGCUGAUGUCAUACGCCGAUCAGUCUCCGCAGGAGCUGACUGAAGCCCCAGCGGCACCAUGGCAACGGAGCGUCCGGUACCGGAUAAACUGCGCGUCUUCUCUCUCAACUGCUGGGGAAUUCGAUUCUUCAGUCAACACUGUGCACAGCGGUAUGAGAUGAUUGGAGAUUUACUGGAUAGAGAGCAGCAUGACAUCGCAUUGUUACAGGAAGUGUGGUGCGAGAGAGAUUUCCUGUUCUUGAAGAGAAAGCUCUCCAGCUCUCAUCCGUACGCUCACUAUUUUAAAAGUGGAGUUAUUGGGAGUGGUCUUGCUGUUUUCUCCAGACACAGAAUCCAAGAUGCCCUGCUCUACCAGUACUCGCUUAAUGGCCAUCCAUAUAUGCUUCGCCAUGGAGACUGGUUUGGGGGUAAAUCGGUCGGAUUGGUCGUUGUAGAUGUGUUUGGGUUGAAGGCACAAGUCUACGUUACACACUUGCAUGCAGAGUACUCCAGGGCGCAAGAUGAAUACCUGCCUCACAGAAUAGUGCAGUCGUGGGAACUACUGCAGUUUGUGCGACACACAUCAUGUGGAGCAGAUGUGGUGAUUCUGGGGGGGGAUUUGAACAUGCACCCUCAGGAUCUUGGGAAUCGUCUCAUAAGAGCUCACACUGGACUCAGAGACUGCUAUACUGAAACAGACACAUUUGAUGGAUGUGAAGACGGCCACACACUGAUAGCAGUUAACCACUUUACAAAAAAGCAAGAUCUCAUUCCUUUUGAGAAAGGCAUCAGGAUUGACUACAUCCUUAUGAAGGGCUCCAAGAAAGUAAGCAUGAAAUGUGAGUCCCUGUCCACAACCAAAGGUUCAGUGGCUGGUAAACCCUUUCCAUAUUCUGACCAUGAGGCUCUGACAGCUGAAAUCACACUUCUGCAGUCUGAAGAGAGCAGACAGCAUGGACAGAGAAACAUCAGCGACUCACAUACUGCGGUGUCAGAGCAGAUGGACAUCGUCGCAGAAGCGCGCGCGGUGGUUAAAGAAGGCCUCUGUCACACAGAGACUCUGCAGGCCAGAGCUCUGCAUAUGAUGGGCGGAGCUCUUCUGCUUCUCCUGCUCCCUCUGCUCAUGAUCCUCCUGCCCUGCUUAUGUUCAUGCAGCCACUUCUCCUUCACCACCACAGGCCUUCUGGCAGCCGCAGGAGCCGUCGUCCUGCUGUCCGGAUUGCUUUUCUACCUUCUGUUCACAACACACAUCAAAGUCCUGAAAGAGACAGAAGACCAGAUGAAACUGACCUCAGAUGACCUCCAGUCUAAACUGGCCGGAAGCAGAGCGUCAGCUUUUUCAUCCACCGACGGUUCCAUAUAACAGGAGGAGUGAGGUGGAGAUUCAAGUUGCUGUUCCUCAGUGUUAAAAAAAUGUUGAUUUUAACUUGAAACGCUGACCAGUGAUAAGUGCUGUGAGGCUGUACCUACCUCAACACAGGAGGAGCUGUUCUGUUCGGUUGUGACGAACUGAGAAUCUUGACGGAUUCGGUGGCAAGUCUUGUUUGUUUUUGUGAAAUUUGGUGUGACUUCUUUGUUCCAUCGGUUUGUUGUUACGUAGGUAGAUGAAGAAUAAAGGCAUUUCACAUUUUUGGCAUUUUAA